GCCUUCUAUGUCUGCUGGUGGCACAUGCCCAGCUUGUGGAUCUUGAUGAUCGGCCAGCGCUAAACUGUUUGCAACAUCAUGCAACGCAUCGACCUCGACAAAGACUUUCGGAGGCUUGGCAGGAUAGAUCUCACAGAUCUCACAGCCAGCCUCCUGGUCCUAGUCGGUCCAAGAAGGACAAGGGCGACGACCAGGAGUGGGAGAGCUUUCCAGACGAUGGUUACGAGGACGAUUUAGAACCUUGUGGAGAGAUGAAGGGUGCACCGGACUUUAUGAGGCUCUCAGUCUCGGCCUCCGAUCCCAUGUUUUUGCAGCUAGACAUCUCGGUCCUACAGCAUCAGCGGAAGGCGCCAGAGCCGCACUGUGCUAUCACAGUCACUGGAGUCACUGGAGCUUGUACGAGCACAAAGCGACACAUGGUGAGUGCUGAGCACGUGCUGAGCACAUGCGGAGCACAGCAAUCCGAUCAGGUUCCCAUCCUGGUCACAGCCAUGAGUGAAGCCCUCACCGGGCCACGGGGCGACAGGGCGACAGGGCGACAGGGCCUUGAUGGUUCCUACAGCGACGAGGAUGGCUUUGACCAAACCCGAGCGAUGCCUCUGGAAGAUACUGAGAAUACUCUCUUGUUUCUUCAGCUAUCAGAGGAUGGCCAAGGUGUCGAUAUCUACAAACCCGGAUUCGACAUCCGCACAGAUGAUAUUCAGUCGCUGCAGGCUCUUGCAGAAGGCUUGGGCGAUGGAUGGCUUGGCAGCCUUGAGCGCGUGAGGUGCUCCGAGGACCGCGACGGGGCCAUGGCGUUGUCCAAGGAGAGCACAGCGAUCCUGACCAUCCUAGUCUUGAUGGUGGUUCUGGGGACCUUUUUAGGACCAGUGGCAACAUCCGAGGGCAAGCCACUCAUCCCAGCAGCAGAAGGCACCCUGACAGGGCUCCUCAUUGCAGUGGCCUUGGUUCCUAAGGCACCAGCUACAGCACCAGAGCGAUGCUUUAGAUACGCUGCAGCUGCUUUGGUCGUGGGAGUGACGCUCAUAGUGAUGACCUACCCUCUGCACAUGACUCUCUUGCCAAGCCCGUGUGCUGCUCACUGGCGAAGCUGGCUCAUGGGCGAGGCUUUCGAGGCAUCGUUCUCCGUGGCUUUUGCUUCUCCCAAGUCUCGUUUCGUCUCCUUCGUGGCCCAGGAAUAUGCAUGCGGACCGAAUAAUCCAGUACGGGAAAGAAUGUCCAAGGUCUACUGUAUUGCGACCAACUGGUUCUGCUGGGUGAUUUGGGCAUUGGAGGACUACACAGAUUGGUGCAAGAAAACCGUCGAUGCGCACGAACAGGUUGAUGGAUCCAAGUGGCUGGCAACUGGCAGUAUGUGGCCACACCGCCUGGUGGCUGGUGGCCUCUUGGGUAUCAUUGCUGCUGGUGCAUUGUGCACACAGCUGGCGCGUUUCAUCCAUAUCUAUCUUGGUACUGGUGACGAAUGGACCACGGUGAGUGGCAUUUCUGCCGCAAUCAUGCUGCCUAUUUGGAUCUACUUUGCAUGGCUCCAUGCCCAAGCCUUUGAGGCAAAUCGCCGAGUCUUGAAGGAAGACAGUGAGUUGCCUGGCGCCGUAGUGGUGCAGGUCAAGUGGGCAUUGCGGGUCCUGCGUACCGAACUCCAAGCAGGCCUCAUCCUCUCAAUUAUCACUGGAGCUCACUGGGCGCUUACAGGAGUUGUUGGGCUCUUUGGAGUGGAAAAGUACAGCGAGGCCUACUUCGUCCUGCUUCAUUGCUUGAAGCGCCUGGCGGGCAUCGCUGAUGCCUGGGGCCUGUUGAUGCUCAGCGGAUUGCUGCAGAGGAAUGGUGGCCAUGCAGUGAAACCGCCAGUUCCAACCCAUCGUGGUGAUCGCGACUCUCCGGAUGAUGCCGUGUGGACGGCCAAGGUGGAGGAAUUAGCUCACCGUGGAGUUCGUGUCGGUGACUUGAUGGACUUCUAUCAGCAGCUGCUUGAGGGGCAGGUGAUGCCGAGUUUUGAUCCCCGCUACUCCCAGACCUCUGAUGUGGCAAGAGAAGCUGUGAUCCCGAUGUCCCGUGUGGACGAGGAUGGUUUUGCCUUGGCUUCAAUUUGGAACCAACAGCGUCCAUGCCUGGCAGGACGCAUGGUGACUCACAACUGGGGGAAUCGUUUUUCACACUUGGUAGCUGCCAUUCUCGCUGAUGCCACGGGACAGGCAUAUUUCGCUGAUGUCGUGGAUGCUUUACAAACGUUGGAAGAUUUUGCAGAGUUUCGAGACUCGCUUCAGAACACUGAGCAAGUCAUGGAUGCGACCUAUUGGGUCUGCGUAUUCUCAGUGAAUCAGCAUGCCAGUAUUUGUGGUGGCUUUGGUCCAUGCCCAGACACAGCCUAUGCCUACACCCAGUGGGAUGCGAAACGUCGCAAUUCCGUGACCGGAGAGAUCUUCCCAUUAUGCGGCUGUAAAAGGAAGAAAUACUUCAACAACGAAGCUGCCUUGACUGAGCUCAACAAGUUCGAUGAUUUAAUGAGGUUUUUGGCUGAGAACGUGCCAGACUUCGUCCAUGUCACGGUGGCAGAUGACGACUUGGACGUUUUCAAAAGAGCGUGGUGUGUGGCUGAACUUGUGGAAGGAAGUGCUUUGAACAUCAGGCAGACGCUCUUGAUACAUUCCACCGCAUGUCUGGAUAAGAACUACAGCAAGCUGAAGACCUUGGACAUUCAAGCCUGUGAAGCAUCUCGAGCAGAAGACAAGGACCAGAUCUUGUCCAGGAUUGACGAUAUCCAGGGCUUCAAUGAAUACCUGGGCUGGCUUGUGUUCGACGCAGAGGGCAUCUUCAGCGGUUUUCUUGACGGAGAGGGCCCAAGCAGCAGUCAUUUGAUUUGGAAGGAGAAGGUUGAGCCCAUUGUGGUUGAUGCCAAGAAGCUCAUUUGGGCGGGCUUUUUUGUGGUUGGGAGCUCGGCUGUGCAUAGAAGCUCGAGCGACCUGCCGCCUCGACUGCGCAAGAUGCAGCGGGUUAUCGUAUCCUUCAUGUUGGGAGCUGAGACUUCUGCGAAGCUGCGAAGCUGCAAAGCUGAGCAUUUUGCCCAAAAGCAAACUCCGAGUGUCGGCCGGUGUCCGCUGUUUCUCCUCUUCCACGAUUCCACAGCAAUGGAGGCUUUGGGUGCAGUGCCAGUUCCUGUCAGCUCCGUGAGUGCCAAAUUCAAGGAGUUGGAGAAGGACGACCCACUGCUGAAGCCCAAUGCCCGCCGAUGGGUCUUGCUCCCCAUCCAGUAUUCCGGCAUCUUCGAAAUGUACAAGAAACAUGAGGCCUCCUUUUGGACUGCUGAGGAGAUUGACUUGGCUGCUGAUGCCAAGGAUUGGCAGGGUCUCACAGAGAAUGAGCAACACUUUGUCAAGCACAUCUUAGCCUUCUUUGCGGCAAGUGACGGCAUUGUCUUGGAAAACUUGGCAACGAAUUUCAGCACUGAGAUCCAGGUUCCGGAGGCCCGAGCCUUCUAUGGCUUUCAAAUGGCCAUGGAAAACAUCCACUCCGAAACCUACUCUCUGCUGAUUGAGCAGUACAUCAAAGAUCCAGCUGAGAAAGACCAUGUCUUCAAUGCCAUUGCCACAAUGCCAGCAGUUCAGGAGAAAGCGAAGUGGGCAGUCCAAUGGAUGAAUCAGGAAUGCAGCUUUGCAGAACGCAUCGUGGCCUUUGCCGCGGUGGAGGGAGUGCUCUUCAGUGGAUCAUUUUGCGCCAUCUACUGGUUGAAGAAGAGGGGCCUCAUGCCAGGGCUUUGCUUCUCGAACGAGUUGAUCUCAAGAGAUGAGGGUCUUCAUGCUGACUUUGCAUGUUUGAUCUAUGGCCUCCUGCAGAACAAGCUUCCUGAAGAAGUUGUUCAUAACAUCAUCAAGGGAGCAGUUGAUGCUGAAAGGAAGUUCAUCUGUGAAGCCCUUCCAUGUGAUCUCAUCGGCAUGAACGCAGAUCUCAUGGCUACCUACAUCGAAUUUGUUGCCGACCGCUUGCUGUGUGCACUGGGUCAUUCCAAAUUGUUCAAUGCAGCCAAUCCUUUCGAUUGGAUGGAGCUCAUUUCCUUGCAAGGAAAGACCAAUUUCUUUGAGAAGAGAGUUGGAGACUAUCAGAAAGCAGGCUACAUCCUUCCCUUCAAAUCUCGAUUUGUCUGUGGAGUACUUGCUGGGCAGGAAGCUCGGUCUGCCAGAGAAGUUGUUGGCUUUUCCCUGGUGCUGUUGCCCAAGACCCCGAUGAUGCCACGAGCUAGUGAUGAUAGGUUGCUCUUCUUCACGUCUGACUUUCAAGACGUCGGAUACCGACAGGCAGUGGCUGGAGAGGCUCCCAGCCACGAGGUAGACCGUGAUAGCGCUGUGAUUUGGCGAUACAAUCUGGAGGCGCUUCCAGAGAGACAAAUCCGCGUGUAUGUGGAUCCAUCAGUGCCGCGUAGAUGGCGGGAGUGGUUUCGGCAAGGCAUUGAGGCCUGGAACGAUGCUUUUCCAUUCCAUACCAGCAGGACCGUCCGAGGCAUACUACCUGGAGACAAGGAUUGGCCUAAGGAUUACGAUAUUUCAGAUGCGCGCUUUAGCACUAUUUCGUGGGACCUCUCAGAUGAAGUGGUAAGCAUGGGCGUCGCGAAGGUGGACCCACGAAGUGGCGAGAUUAUCAAGAGCGACAUCGUUAUGUCCAGUGGUUGGGUCAAAGCUUGGCUUCAAGACUUGGAUGAUUUGGCGCCUGGCUUGACUCACGACUAUUUACCAAGAGGGCCAAGUGCAAGGACACUUGGACUCCUACAGCAAGGCAGUGAUGUGAACACAGGGAUUAGAGUGGAGAAAGGUCACAAAAGUGCCACUGUCACUGGGCUCCGUUCCUGGCGUUCCUGGCGUUCUUCGACGUUGAACGCCACUGAAUUGGAGGAGUUGCUGGGCGCAGGGCUGAAAGCUGUCGUAAUGCAUGAAACAGGUCAUAUCCUUGGGCUCAGGCACAACUUCAAGGGUAGCCUUGGCAUCACUCUGGAGUGCCUGAAGGACAAGAAUUGCACAGCACAGAAUGGCCUGUCUGCAAGUGUCAUGGACUACUUGCCCGCCAACAUUCCAGAUGCACAUGAUCCUCAGAAGGUACAUGUCUUCAAUCCAGUCAUCGGGGGCUAUGACAAGCUGGCGAUCGCCUUUGGGUACACGCCCAUCAAGGACGUGUGGCCACCAAGAGUUGCUCCAGAGCUCCAACAGAUCUUGAAGGCAGCAGAGGCUUUCGAGGUCAGCUUCAUGUGGCGGCUGCUCGCUGUGUGCGUUGCCGCUCAUGCUGCUGAGUUAGGCCAGAUAUCUGUGGAUCCUGAAACGGGCCACUUCAUUGACAAGUAUGGCAGAGUUCGCAUAUUUCAUGGAGUCAAUGCUGUGCUGAAGGAGAGCCCAUGGCUUCCCAAGACAGAUGACUUCACAGAAGAUUCACUUGAUCCAAAGACCAUGGACUUCCUACAGGAUUGGGGCUUCAACGUGGUUCGGCUGGGCGUGAUGUGGCCAGGAGUGGAACCCACACCUGGGCAAAUAGACCAGAGCUAUCUCAAGCGAGUUGGUCAGCUUUCUGCAGAUUUGGCCCAGCGAGGCAUCUACACCAUUGCAGAUCUUCAUCAGGACUUGGGUUCUCGACACUUCUGUGGCGAGGGUGUGCCCGAGGCCUAUGUGGAAGAACUGAUGAAAGAUCCAAAGAGCCAGAUGUUCCAGGCUCCACGAUUUCCUCAACCUUUCCCAGAUAUGCCUGUCAAUGCGAGUGGCUUCCCCGACCUUGAUCGAUGUUUGAGCAGGCAGUUCUUCGAGUACUACAGCACUUAUCAAGUGGGCGCUCUCUUCUCUGAGCUCUAUCGAGCAGGCUCCAACCUCCAAAACGGUUUCCUGCGUUUCUGGGGGGCGGUGUCCAAUGAGUUCAAGGAUGCUUCACAUCUCCUAGCCUACGAGCUGUUGAACGAGCCAUCUGGCACUUGCUUGAAGGCAAGCGACACAUUUGGAUGUCGACUGAAAGGGCGUGCAAUGCCGCUACGCUUUAACAACCAUGUGGAGGCCUACCUUUUGACACCGCUCUACCAGGCUGCAGCACGUGUGAUACGUGGCAACAGUGCGAAACAGGUCAUCUUCUACGAAGGAACACCAUUGCCCAAGAUCGGCGUGGAUGUGUUUCCAGCACCAGCCCUCGGCACAGAUCCACAGCAGGCUUUGGCGUAUCAUAUCUAUUGCGCACCAGGUGAUGGUGACAAUUGGCCGGCUGGUCUGUUGUGUGAAGCUGCUCAAUCGAUCUUUGAGGGCACUUACUAUCCCUUUCUGCAUAAGCACAGCAUGCCGGGCUUCAUGACAGAGUUCGGCGCAGUGAGGGGCAACAAAAAUGAGGUGAAACACAUCAGCAAUUUGCUGCAUGCCGCCGACAAGCACAUGCAGAGCUGGACUUAUUGGCAGCUCAAGAGAUUCCACGACUUCACUACCUCCAACGAUGGAGAAGCCAUCUUUACCCAAGAUGGAAAGGUUGAAGUCAACAAGCUCAGUGCCCUCUCACGCACCUAUGCCCAAGCUAUCGCUGGCAAGCCUUUGCACAUGGAGUAUGACAGCUUUAAGCGAAGCUUUUCCUUGGACUUUGUAGCGACUGUGAAGGAUGCGCCCACAGAGAUUUACCUCAACGAGGAGUUGCACUACCCCACGGGCUAUGGCUUUAGUGUUUGCUACGACGACGGCGAGUCUGGUGAGGAUCCCAAAUGCAUGGCUUAUGACAUGAGCCAGGAACCGAUCACCUACUUUGAGCAAGAAAUCGAAAGAUACAUUGCUGCACACAAGAGACUUUUGGAGAUGUCUGUAGCCCCUGGCGAGCCAUAUCGCCUCUAUGGUGAGGCAGUGGCUGCCAUGCUUGAUCGGACCAAAUCGAUUGGAGAGAAGUUGGUGCACUGGCUGGGUGGCAUCGAGGAUCACUUCCUCCAUCGAGGAGAAAUGAGUUUUUCAGCCAGGCCCAUUGAUCCACUGCAGCAACAGCGGGCCUUGGCACUUUUGCUUCGGAUAUUGCGGCCAUCUGAGAAUGGGCUGACACCACCUGAAGAAAAUCUCCCAUUCUUGAUGGAAGGUGAAGAAGCAGAUGUCACCAGCGUCGACAUCUCGAAUUUAGUUCAUCAAAUGACAGGGGACCUGCUGAGAAAACUACUUCGACCCAAGAGGAUGCUGCAGAUCUACAGGCAGCAGCUCCUGUCGACGGGCCCAAAGGUCUUUAGUUUGGACGAUCUCCUGAACGAGUUGCUUGUCACAUUGCUAGAACCAGGUUUGACAAGGGCUGCAUCUAGAAAAAGCCUGCUGCCACAGGAAAUGGAUUUGCAGCUGCUGCUGGUGAGCGCGAUGAAGGACCUCUACAUGGAGACUAGCACUCGCUCCGAGACGGACGUGCAAGUUGACAAGGAUGCGGAGUCUCGGCAUGCGCAGAAAAAGAGCGCAAAGCUGCAGAUGGACUUCCUUGAGGUAUUUUCUUCAGCGGGCGCGGCAGAAGACCAAGUCUGUGCUGGAGAGGGGAGAAUCUUGGUGCGAAAUAUUUCUGGCGAAGGAUUUCUGGUGAUCAUUCGACUCCAAAAAUUGUCCAAGGGGCCGACAAUGGUACUCUUGCAGGAGCCUUAG